AUGGGCAGCUAUUCUCAAAAAAUUAUAAUUAGGCGUAACCCAGAAUUACCCAGACUUGAUAAAAAGGCAAUUAAUAGCAAAUAUAAUUACAAAAUAAUCUCAGGUAGUUCAAACAGUUUUUUAAUAGAUUUACCGGAAAAUGAUCAAGAGUUAUUGUUGAAUCUUGAUAAGUUUGAAAAGGAAAUUAGGAGCACCAAACCAUUAAUAGAUGAAUUGAUCAUUUCUGAUAGUUUAUUAAUUUCAAAUGAUUUAAAAAUAUCAAAUCAGUUGAAUGAAACUUUAAUAAAUCUAAUCUCAUUAAUAAUAGACUUCAACUCAAAUAAUAUAACUAAUUUGCAAAUUCAUAACAAAAGUUUAAGGUCAAUAGCAAAUAAAAAUUUUAUAUUUAAUUCCAAAAAGCUACUAAAUUUAAAUACAGCUAUAAUUGAUGAUUUAAAUGACUUAGAAAAAUUGCCAUUAUCAAUUAAAAAUUUAACUAUAAAUCUUGAUCAAGAUUAUUUAAAUGAAAAUUUUCAACUUUCCAAAAAUAGCAAAGAGUUUUUCUAUAGUCUUGAUUCUCUAACAAUUAAUGACUCUUAUUAUUAUUCAUCAUUAAAUUUUUAUAAUCAAAUAAAACAAAGUUUUUUGCGUGAUAAUAUUAAAUUGAAUUUAACUACUUUGAAAUUCAAUUAUCUCCAUGAUUUUCAUUCAAUCAACAAUAACUCAAUUUUAGAUGUCUUUUCACUCAAUGAUUUAAUUAAUCUUGAAGAUUUAAAAAAUUUAGAAUUGAUAAUCAACUGCACUAUUCCUGAUUGUCAAUGUCUAGAUGUUAUUUUUCAAAAACAAUUCAAAAACUUGAAUAAAAACUUGAAAUCCUUAUCGUUAUUUCAAAUUUUUCCUUACUAUGAUGACUCUGAAAUUAUAUUAAAAAAUCACAACGAUUAUGAGAAUUGGGAUUUAAUUAUAUGUUCGUUUAUCCCCAAUUAUUUAAAUUUGGAAAACCUUUUAAUUUUUCAUGAUUCCCCAAUUGAUGGUAGUUUAAAAAAUAGUUUUGAAGGUAAUUAUAUUCGUCGAAGAAAAAUUUAUGAAAAUGCCCUAAUUAAUUUGAAAAAUUUAAGAACCCUUUUAUUACCAUCAUUUUUAUCUCAACUAUCUUGUUAUGAAUUAUUGACUAAUGAUUUAAUUUGGAAUGGUUGUGAAUGUGAUACUUGUUUGGUUUUCCAUCCUAUUAUUGACAAUUACUUAAUGUCUCAUCAAUUUUACAAUUCGUUUGAUUAUGAUUUUAAUGAUGUUGUCUCAACUUGUUUUUUUGCUUUUUUAAGUGAUUCAAUGCAAAAAAGGGUUCCAUUUUUAAAGGAAAAUACAGUCACUCCCAAUAUAAAUGUCUUAGAUAUUAAUAAUUUUAAUCAGUUUUUCCAAAUAUCUGAUAAUUUUUUGAAAAAUGUUCCGGCAAUUUUAUCAAAUUGGAAUUUUCAUGGCUAUUUAAAUUUGACUUGCACAGAUUACUCAAAUCUUGACGACACUGAAUUUUUCAGUCAAUUAAAUGGUUCAAAGGUUAAGGAGGAACACUUGUAUUCAAAUGGUUCGAAUUGUGGGUUUAAUAAGGCCUUUUUCAAUCCAUUAAUGACUAUAAUUAUUCAUUUUUUUAAAGAAUAUGUCGAUUGGUUUGUUACAAAUCUACCAAAUAUGAAGCAAAUCAUGUUAAAUGGAAUAUAUUAUAAAGUUGAGAAAAGUACAGACAACAAUAGCAUUAGAAUUGCUAAAAGUAUAUAUGACGCCAUGUAA